UUCACGCAUGUACACGCGUUCAGUGUCAUCCGUGAACACGCAGUCAGGUGUCGCACCUCUAUCACGCUGCUGGCGACGCCCUCGUGGAUAGGCUGCAGUCACUAACCGUGUUUUACUUAUUUAUUAAUUUGUCGGCCUCGUGGAGAUGUAAUGUAAAGGAACGUGUGACGUAGCUCGAGGACUCCAACGUUUGUGGAGGAAAAUAACGUCCAGCGCGCGAGGGGAGGAGAAGAAGCCAGGCGCUGCUACUGGCUGUGUGUCGCUGGAGGAGAGUGGCUGAAAUACAGUUUUGGUCGUUGUGUUUACGUCUGGACAUGAGUGGAAUUUAUGGAGAAGACGCGUUUGAGCGGAGUAAGCGGUACCGGGCAUCUUAAAAGUGCAUGAAGUGUUUUGAUUCAGAUCUCCGCACCGUAACCCACCCACCCCGGCCAGCCAACCAGCCAGCCAGUCUCCCUCCCUUCCUUCCUGGAUGUAAAAGCAGCGACGCUUCACUAUCAUCCAGCCACUUGUGACCGGGCGCUUAGGACCUCCAUUUCAGAAAGCUCCAACAGCUCCUGGUCACGAUGUAGACGGUGAUGUGGAGAUGAAGAUGAAGAUGCAAGGAUUUGCAGGGAGGAGGAGCAGUGACUGACACUCUCCUCCAUUUCGCCACUUGGUGCACACUUAUGUCUGUCCUGACAGGGCAGCUGGAGUGCUAUGUCAUCAACCACACCCCCAUCGGCCCAACCCUCUAAAAAGGGUAGGAAGCCGGAGAAAUCAGAGGUGAUGGCUGAUUCACCGCAGGCCACCAAUGAGGAACUUAGGAGCAAACUGAUGGACAUUCAGAUCGAACUGCAGCAGGAGCGGGGCAAGGUGUGUAAGCUCCGAGAGCGUCUGCAGGAGCAGCGACAGGCCCGGGAGCUUGAACAACACAAACACGCUGUAGCACUCACUGACCUGCGUGCCAAACUCCACGAAGAAAAGCUACGCGAAAUAUCGUCUGCUCGCGAGGCUCUAGGGCGGCAGCAUGAAACUGAGCUAACCCGGGUGAUCAAGAUCCGGGACACAGAGGUGCAGAGGCUGCAGGGACUUGUAAAUGCACUGAGAGAUGGAGCAGCUGACAAGCUUAAAAACGCCCUUCUCGGAGAGGCUCGGGAGGAGGCGAGGAGAGCUUUUGAUGGGGAGAGGCUAAAGCUUCAGCAGGAGAUUCAGGAGCAAAAAACAGCCAGGAAGCAGGCUGAGGAGGCGUUGGCAAAUGCUCUGCAAGCUGAUAAAGCCAAAGCAGCUGAUCUACGCACAGCCUACCAACAACACCAGGAUGAAGUUCAUCGCAUUAAACGGGACUGCGAGAAAGACAUUCGCAGGCUGAUGGAUGAGUUAAAGGCAAAGGACCGGGUGGUGUGUGCUCUGGAGAGGGAGUUGGGGCUGCAGGCUGGCUAUGCCCAGAAGCUCCAGCUUCAAAAGGAAGCCCUGGAUGAGCAGCUGGGACAGGUACGAGAGGCUGAGAAGUACAACCACGGCAGCCCCAAGCGAGAGGUGGUGCCUGGCCUGGGGGAAAAUCCAGACCUGCUUAAUAACCAGGAGGUGGACGAGCGGGACAUGAGGAGAUUCCAGCUGAAGAUUGCAGAGCUCCACUCAGUCAUUAGGAAGCUGGAGGACAGAAAUGCACUUCUGGCAGAUGAGAGGAAUGAACUACUGAAGCGGGUGCGAGAGGCAGAGAGCCAAAUGAAGCCCAUGUUUGAGAAGAAUAAACGGCUGUCCAAGAAGAACGAUGACCUCUUACAAACGCUACAGCGAAUGGAGGAGAAACUCAAGAACUUGAGUCGAGAGAAUGCAGAGAUGAAGGAAAAGGCUUCUUCCUCUCGACCACCCCCACAGCACCAGACCACUCAGCCUCAGUUAAAGCGACCGAGUUCCUUGACAGACCUUAGUCACGCCCACGAGGAACAGGAAGUGGAGUUCCUCAAGCUGCAGGUUGCUGAGCAACGUGGCAUUAUUGAAGAGCUAACACAGGAACGUGACCGAUUGGUGAUGAGCAAGAAAAACAGACGGAAAGCAACCAAACUGCCCAAAAGGCAUGUUGUGGAGACAUAUUUUGGAUUUGAUGAGGAAUCGAUAGACUCUGAGACCUCAUCACUUAUGUCUUUUAACACUGACCUGACUGAUCGCACACCUGCCACACCUGAGGAAGAUUUAGAAGAGACUGUUUCCCGUGAGGAGUCAGAGCUCCGUUUCCGUCAGCUCACCAGAGAGUAUCAGGCUCUGCAGCGAGCUUAUGCUCUCUUGCAGGAGCAGAGUGGGGGAACUUUAGAUGCUGAAAGGGAGGCCAGAACACGUGAGCAGCUCCAGAUGGAGCUCAGCAGUUGCCAGGCAAAGAUUGUAGACCUGGAGAAGGCCCUGGCAGAGAGUGGACAGGAUUCAAAGUGGGUGGAGGAGAAGCAAUACUUGAUCAGGACCAACCAGGAUCUGCACGAGAAGAUUUGUGCACUGCAGCAGGCUGAGUCUCGGCUGCAGGCUGAAGUUCAGGACGCCAGGGACCAAAAUGAGCUGCUUGAAUUCAGGGUGCUCGAACUGGAAGAGAGGGAACGCAGAUCUCCUGCAUUCAAUCUCCACAUGUCGGCAUUCCCUGAGAAUAGCAACAGUGCCCUGCAGACCUACUGUCACCAGGAAGGAGUGAAGGAUGUAAUCAUUCCCGAGUUGAUGAAAAAGCUGGAUAUUCUGGGAGACAAUGGAAACCUCAGAAAUGAGGAGCAGGUGGCAGUGAUCCAGGCUGGCACCGUGAUCUCGCUCUGUGAAAAGUGGUUGAAGCAGGUAGACAGCACUGAGGCAGCACUGACUCAGAAGAUGAUUGACCUUGAAAACGACAAAGAGUUGUUCAGUAAGCAGAAGGGAUUCCUUGAAGAGGAGCUGGAUUACAGGAAGCAAGCACUGGAUCAGGCUUACAUGAGGAUCGAGGAGCUGGAGGCCACGCUGUAUAGCGCUCUGCAGCAGGAGCAGCCGGCAUGCCAGGCGGUGGCCGAGUCGCUGACAGACAGGCAGAGGGAGGAGCUGAGGCUAGCUGUGGACAAGUUGCGGCGUCAGAUUCUCCGGCAGAGCCGGCAGUAUGACAGUCAGAUCUUACAGGAGCGCAUGGAGCUCCUUCAGCAGGCCCAGCAGAGAAUUAGAGAGUUGGAGGACAGGAUUGACUUGCAAAAGAGACAAAUAAAGGAAAUAGAAGAAAAGUUUUUGUUUCUUUUCCUAUUUUUCUCUUUGGCAUUUAUUCUUUGGCCUUAAUGGAGGUGACCAUGGACACUCGUCAGAUAUUGACUUGCUGUGGAGCAAAGCAAGGAAUCAAAACUUAAUUCUUUUUUAUGUUUUGUUGACAGUUAUAAACUUAUGGCCUUUUUGAUA